CUCUUUUUCAUUCGUAGCCUUGAAGCCGGUUUCUUAAAAAUCUCAUCAACAUCAUCCGUUAUACUCAGUCUCAUUCGUGAGUUACUCUCUGACCGGCAAGUAACGUUUUUAAGUUUGAUGUCUUUGACAAGUGGCUUGAAAAAAGAUUGGUCGCAGUUAACUAUGCUUUGAUUUAUAAAUUUUGAAAUUUUUUUUUUGUCGCGAAAGUUGAAGUCUUGCAUCAAGGGAAGUAGUUUUAUUGGAUUCAUAAAAUGCAUCGACGUUGGAGGUGCAACUUAAGACAUGUGACCUUGACUUUGACUUGUGCCCUGACGUUUAUCGGUCAUUGCAGUAGUCAAGAUCUAGGAAGUCUAUUUGCAGGUUUAUUGGGUGCUGCAGAAGUACCAAUGAAUGACACAUUUAACUUGGAAAAUCAAGUUCCAUGUCCUGGAGAAUGUGUACACGCCUUAACAUCCAUUUUGUGCACUAGGGUUAUUGAACAAUUUAACUGUGGCGCAACUUAUUUAAGAUGUUGCGUUAGUAGUGAUUUUAAUUUCGGAACUGUAGUUGAAACUUCAGCACCACUUCCAGAAGAGACGUCGACGGAAAGUUCCACCGAAUACGAAGUUUUCCUAAUUUCAACGACUCCUAACAGGGGUAGUACCAUAAAUCCUAUUCACGAGACUGUCCCUUCACCAUCGUCCAUUACUACUUACAAACCAAAUAACACUUACCAUCAUCCCCCUACACCAAAACCAUCAAACUUUCACACACAGCCAAAUGCUACUAUCAAGCUUAAACCAUGUUCUGGUAUUUGUGUUGAAAAUAUAUUUGUGCGAUAUUGCAGCAACACUAUUCCAGAGUGGUGCGAAACAGGAUCAACCUGUUGUGCAUCCCACCAUCAAGAUGAGAAUGAAUUUCCACACGAUACAUCAACUGCUGCUACUCCCACUCCUAAACCAGUUGGAUAUGAUAGUGAACCAGUUAAGCAAGAGAAACCGGAGGUAUCUACUAUUCCUGAAAAGAUAACAGCUCCACUAUGCCCUGGAUCAUGCGUCUCCCCACUGUUCAGUCUCUUAUGUGAUUCAGUUGUUGAAGGAUAUCAUUGUCCAAAUGAAGGUCGAUGUUGCAUUAGCAAUGAAGAAUCUGAACCUGAAACAACGACAACAACUACUCCAAGUUAUCCCAAUUUACAAUCCCCCUGUCCUGGAGCUUGCAUACCCGUAUUUUUGAGAGGGAUGUGUAAUCGCCCGUCAGAAGUUAUAAUUCAAUCCGAUUGUGACAGAGAUUUUGUUUGCUGUUAUCAACCAGAUGUAAAGGAUAACUUGCAUAUCGAUGCUCCUCAAAUUCCCCUUUUACGUCCAGGCUCUCCCCCUCAAGGCUAUUUGAAUAGUCCAUAUGGACCUCAGAGCAACAGGCCUCCAAUGCGUCAGCCAAAUCUUCCCAAUCCUCAUUAUCAAAGACCCCAAGUACCUUAUCCCUCAAACCCUGUCCCUCCUCCAGUGUUAGUUCCCCAUGUGCAUAACCAGCAUAGUGCAUCGGAAACCCACGUGCAAAAUAACCAUCCUGGAUUUCAACAUGCUCAUAAUCAACCAAGUGGAACUGAUUCAUUUAGUCACGAUAGUUAUUAUGGAUAUCAAAAUGUACCCAAUGAACCAAGUGGACCUAAUUCACAAAUUCCUAAUAAUAAUCCCGGUUUUCCCCCAAUGCAGAAUAAACCAACUGGUUCUGAUUCUUAUAAUCCUUCAUUAUAUCCUCCAAUGCGAAAUAAACCAAUAGCACCGGAUCAAAAUAUUUAUAAUGAUAGUCCCAACUAUCCCUUUGCACCACAAAUCCCUUCUCACGUACAAAACUUACCCGAUGGUUAUGAUAUUCACGAAGAAGUUGAUGGUCCUAAAUAUAUACCACAGAUACAACCUAACCAAGAAGUUGCAUAUGGAGUUAAUCCUUCUUUACCUAACAAUUUUCCAAAUUAUCCGAAUGGUCAACAGAACUUCCCUAGUCGACCUCAAUAUCAUAAUAGCUCACUGGAUCAUCAUCCAAUCGAACAUGGUGGACCUGAUGUCGAUCAAAUGGGUCAUCAUUUUUAUGACAGAAAGAAGCAAAAUAUUACGCGGUUAGAAUUUCCACAGACAUUUGUUAACUCGCAAGAACAGCCUCAGUCAGGAGUAAAUUAUGGCACACCUACUCGCAUAAAUCCUCCUAUUAUUCAAAAUCCAAAACCAGUGAUGCAACCCGAAGAGUUUACAAUGCAUAAAAAGCAGAAUGGUGAUCCUAAUCGUUUUGUUGACGCACCAAUACGUUUCGAUUCCGAUCGUGUUCGACCGAUAAUAAUUGAUCUCAACAAUAAUCCUCCGAACCUAGAAAAAUUCCAUCCCAUUAUUACGCCAAAUCAACCUCCUUCGACAUCAUCAGAAAACAAUAAUGAUGAUUCGAAAUCAGUUAUUCACAUUCCCUUAAACGUUCAGUUAAUGGAGAAAAUUCCUGAGCACUCAGUGCCCCAUUCUUCCGAAGCAGCAGGAACCUCUUUCGUACCAGUUCAAGACAAUUUCAGACCAUAUCCAAUGCAGCAAACCUCAUCAAUUUUGAACCAAGCUAAGCCAUCAUCGCCAAAUCAAAAGCCAACGAAGCCACCAAUUGCUCCUAACGUAGCAAUCCACAACUCAAUACCAGCCAGUAAUAUUUCACCCAAUAACAGCGAACCAUCUCACGUUGACAAUACGAAAAAGGAUUCCAGACCUGAAUGUCCAGGAUCAUGCAUAGGUUCCUUUUUAAGAUUCACUUGUUUUGGAUCAAGUGUUAUAUAUGAUGGAUUCGGCUGUGAAUCUGAAGGAACACUUUGCUGCACACCUGUUGAACACGUUCAGAAGUAUGAAGAACACCUCAAAUUAGGAAAACCAUUAAUUAUUUCAAGCUCUGAGGAAGAAAAGAAAAUGGAAGAUGCUUCUGCCGUUCGAAGACCAGGUUUGUAUGUGUGUGGAAUAAAAGGAAAUCAAAGAAGAAGAGUUGGACGUGUUAUGGGUGGUAAAUCUUCUACUCCGGGUGAAUGGUGUUGGCAGGUUGCUUUAAUCAAUGCCAAAAAUCAAUAUCUGUGCGGAGGAGCACUUAUUGGCAGUCGUUGGGUACUUACAGCUGCUCAUUGCAUUACAGUGUUGGUCCGCAAUGGUGAUGCAAUCUAUGUCCGAGUAGGAGACUACGAUUUAGCAAGUCAAUAUGGAACUCCAGGUGCUCAAACCCAAAAGGUUUCCACAUCUUACAUCCACCACAACCAUAACGGGCAGACACUGGACAACGACAUUGCUCUAUUGAGGCUUGAAAAUCCUGUUCAACUUCAAGAUAGCGUGUGUUUAGCCUGUUUGCCGGCUAGAAAUGCAGAAAGUCCCCCUGGUACACGGUGCACUGUAACAGGAUAUGGUUACAUGAAUGAAGGUGGUCCCGUAGCUCUUAAAAUUAGAGAAGCUGUUUUACCAAUAGUGGAAGAAAAAUUAUGCACUGAACAAAUAAAUAAAGUGACCGAAAAGAGGUUUAUUUUACCUACAGGUAGCUUCUGUGCUGGCGGAGAAAGCGGCAAUGAUGCCUGCCAGGGCGAUGGUGGCGGACCUUUAACGUGUGAAAAUGAAGGCUAUCACGAAUUAACAGGACUUGUAUCAUGGGGAUUUGGAUGCGGCAAAAAAGAUGUUCCUGGAGUUUACGUCAAGGUGUCUUCUUACAUCGGAUGGGUGAACCAAAUUAUAAGUGUUAACAACUGAUGAUGAUGAAAAUUAAGUACUGGAUCGCUUACCAAGUUGAAUCAUGAUCAACUCAUUUUCGACCUUUCAUCUUAUCAGAACACCAUGUGUACAUUUAAAGAGUUGUAACAAAUUUUAUAUAAAAAUGUCAAAACGAGCAUUUAUUUUAUCAAAAAAUGCUCAUGCGCAGUCGGAACUAAAUAGAAAUUCAUAAUGUUUUAAGGACAAUGGGAUACCUGUAAUUGACGUUGUGUGGGUAUUUCAAUCCUGAUUGGUUGUUGAAAUGCGACAUUUGUUUACGUUAGAAACUGUCCUUUCCAUUCUGUUUCGAGUACGCCAAGCAUCAAAUUUAUUAAAUGAUACAUUCUAUAUUAAUACACAAAGAUUCCUUAACAAUGAUUUCAAUUUUUUCACUAUACAUUUUUUUACUUAACUCAAAGACAGACAAGAAGCCAUGUAAAACAUAAACAAAUUAUGUAUCGUAGUUGCUAGGUACACAAAACAAAAAUAUAUCACGAUUACAAUAAAAUACAUAAACAAAUGAUAAAUCAUACGGCACUGUAUCAGAACUUCAAGUUAAUUAAUAUUCUAACUAAUUUGGAGAAACUUGGCUUAUUUUUAACUAGCCAUUUUGCUUAUAAGCGAUCAGCUAGCGCUGAUGUCAUAGGUCACAUGUGUGGGUAUCCGCGGUCUUCUUUUUAAAGUGCAAGUACCCAAUUGGGACUCUAAGCUGGUAUGGAUUAUUUUUUGCUUUCGUAUUAUUGAGAUUCAUAUUUUUCUAUAAUAUUAUUUUUUAAUCGAAAAAAUUUACCUGAUUAAGAUGGAAAUCUGAUGAAAGAAUUUGAAAUAUCACUUUCUUUUGCUAAGUAUAUAUUUAAAACAUUGAAUUUGUCUAAGUGUUAGACAAACAGCAAGAAAUGGAAAAUGUAAUUUUUAUACUUAAAUGUAGCAAUUUAAGAUUAUAACGGAUUUUUACGAAUUCUUUUUGAGUUUAGAUAAUUAUACGUUGUUUGAUAAAAAAAAAAUGCUUGUUUUGACAUGUUAUCUAUAUCCUUUCCAUAAAGUUUGGAGUAAUUACAAAAAAUUUCACUGUAUAUAGAUACAAAUAACAGCGUUGUUUGUCACUACAUAUAAUCAAUUUCAUAAUGAAAUUUUGUCUUUUUGUCUAACAUGUUUCAUUUUAUGUAAAUAAAUGCUGUUCAUGUAAAAUUAUUCUGCGGGGCAGAAUUAGAAUUUAGAAAUUCAUUCAAAAGUCUGUGCUUAGGAAGUAAUUUAAAUAAUCUUUUGUAUUAUGAUAAGGUUGUGAAUGAUUUUUCUUAAUAAUCCUUUUUUUUAAAAAU